CUGCGCCUGUGUCUGGGAUUUCAUUAAAUCCCCCCCCCCCCUCUUCUCAAUACUGCACCCUGUGAGGAUCCUUGUGUGGUUGAUCCUGAGGUCACAGAGCCAGGAGAGAACCCAGGAGUCCAUGCUCCCAGCCCCCCCUGCUCUAACCACCAGCCCCCAAUCCCCUCCCAGAGCAGCUCUCCAGCCCGGUCUAAACAGUAAUUUCUUCCCAGGUGCUGCUCAGUGGAGACGACCCUGCAACCCGCUGCAAAACCAUGGCCCGGCCCAAACACACAACAGCUGGGAAGAAACACCCACGCAAGAGGAAGAAAGCAAAGGCUCAUGGGAAAAAUGACCCAGGAGUACCUCAGCUGUUGGGUUUCAAGGAAUAUGCAAAGAAGGAAGCUGAAUUAAAACAGAAAAGGGUGGCGGAACUGAGGGCGCGGCAGGAGGAGGCCCGGCUCAAGGAGACCAGCCAGCGCCGCAGCCUGGAGUCCCUGCAGCAGGACGCCCUCCGCAAGCAACGGGAUUUCGAGCAGAAGGAGGCCGGGCUGCAGCAGCUGCAGGGGCACCCCCGGCUGGAGAAGGAGGGGUCCCGCAGGGCGUACUACCGGGAGUUCAGGAAGGUGAUCCAGGCUGCUGAUGUGGUCCUUGAGGUGCUGGAUGCCCGAGACCCCCAGGGGUGUCGCUGCCCCCAGGUGGAGGAGGCCGUGCUGCAGGCCGGGGGCAACAAGAAACUGGUGCUGGUGUUAAAUAAAAUCGACCUGGUGUCCAAGGAGGUCGUGGCCGGGUGGCUAAAGUACCUGAGGAACGAACUCCCCACCGUGGCCUUCAAAGCCUCCACUCAGCAGCAGAGCCGGCACCUGAAACAGAGCAAGGUGCAGAUGGCCAGGGCCUCCUCGCGAGCGCUGGCCCAGCAGCGGGCAGCCUCCCCCUGUCCUGUGUCUCACUCGGACCCAUGCAGCUUGACAGGCGUGUCUGGUUGCUCCCCACCCCAGAUCAUGCAGCAUUACGGUGUGCCGGCUUACCGGGACGUCACGGAGUUCCUAGCGCACCUCGCCCGGAGAAAGGGGAAACUGAGGAAAGGAGGCGUGCCCGAUCACGAGAAGGUGGCCAAAGCUGUGCUGAGUGACUGGAUGAGGUGGCGCUCCCGCUUUCUUGUGGUGCCCCCGCGCCCCAACAAAGCCCAGCCAUGCUAUGUGGCCUUCGGGGGGCAGUACCACUUUCUCCCCCGCAGGGUGGGUGGGAUCAGACCAUCCACUUACAGUGCCUUCUCUGUGUCCGCUCCCCGCCCAGACCUCCCGUCUGUUCCCGUGGGCAUCGGCCUCGCCCCCGCCGGCCUCACCAGUGGGGCAGGGGCAGAGAUGGAAGAAGAGGAAACAGCGGGAGAGGAAGAAACAGCCAUGGACGAAGACAGAGAUCUGGAGCUCGACACCGUAACAGUGGAACUGAAGGCUAAGAACAAAGCAGCUGCUGCUGUGAAGAAGCCUGUUCCCAGAGCCCCCAGCCUGGAGGAGAUCUCAGCCCUAGACCCCCUGCACCAAGGGCAGGGGCUGCGGGCAGCUAGCAGGCGGCGGAAGAAGCAGCAGAAAAGAGCAGAGAAAAUUGCCAGCAAACUCUCCGCCACGCUGACGGCCGCCAUGAACUUCGGCACGGCGGGCCACUAGGCACAGCGGCCCCCCCGUGAGCCCUGCACUCCAGCACCCUCGGGCUCGAUGCCCUCUCCUGGCCGGCAGGAGGCGGCCCGUGGAGACAAGACCAGGACUGCCACUAUCGAAAAGUCAGGCUCCUUUUAUUACCAGCUAAAAGCCCCGGCGCAGCCCAUCUCCAAUAAAACAUCACGCA